AUGGCCAAUCGUGACUACUACGGCGAUAGUGUUCCGGCUCACCUGGAUGCAAGGAAAGAGCCACAGACUCAUAAUUUUGAGGCAGGUCAAUCUUCUCAGGAACCAUGGAAGGGCGCUCUGGCAAACAAGGGGGAAGAACUAGUCAGUCAAAAGACGCAGUGGAAUGAUGCAAAUCAGAUGAAUGCCUUUGGUGACAGCGCCGAGGGCGAGAGAGGGCUGGGCGCAACAGUACUUGGAGGUGCAGGAGGUGCCUUUGUCGGCCACAAAGUCGGAAAGAAGUCCGAUCAUGGGAAGUUGGGGGCCGUAGGAGGUGCUUUGGCUGGAGCGGUAGUUGCAAACCUGGCGGAAAAUCUAGUCAAAGGACAUCGCAAUGGGCAUCGUGGCUCGGGCCAUGAUCGUCGUCGAGAAAGGCUGGAGAGGAGAUUGGAUAGACUUGGGUAG